CUCAUGUAGUUAGACAGCUCACAUGCAGCAUCGGUCUAUUGGGAUGCAGAAUGACGGCUGAACAUGGACCUCUUUGCUGUCAGCUAGUGUUGGAAUAAUAACCCAUUUUUAAGGCAAACAUGGGUGAGAGCGUCGACGUCAAGUCACUUAUGGCCAAGUUUCACAACCAGGCCAACAUGGUUGACAGCAGAAGCCGUGACAAUGGAUUCCCUCCAGCUCCCCUCAGAAUUGGGAGAGAGAUCCCAUCACGGGCCGAGACAUGCACCAUCGAUGUCACUGAAAAUGAGUCAGCCCGCCACAAACUGUCGUCCACUGUUUCACCCAGCCGUGUUAGACCAGGUUUCUCCCCCAGCCCUACACAGUUCCCAGUACCUCCAAGGGCAGAGCCGGUCACAUGUUCUGCUUCCAGACCUCAGCUGCCUCUGGGUGCCUUCCCCCGACCACCUCCUACUGCUAGUGUUAGAGCCGCCUCCCCGCCGGCAGACACCAGGAUCAAGCAGACAGGAGAAAUUUUACAAAAUGUGAUGCUAAUGCACAAGAGGCCUCCAAACACCAAGCCAGUCCCUAGCCCCCAGGCUCCAGCCUGCCAGUUACCAAGCCGGGGAACUGCAGGGGAGGUGAUACCUCUGAGAAGGCCCCUGCCUCCUGAAGGCCCCCGGCCAAUGAAGCCCAAACGACCCCCGAAAGUAAACCUGGAAGCCUACAUUAAGACCACCAGAAGGCUGCCACUACCAUCAGAAGAAGCACAUCCCAACUGGAAGAAAAGUGAUGGUUUUCCCUCUUCGAGAGGCAGUAGCUUUCCCCCAUCUGGAUUAUCCACGCCACCGCGACCCCCCAACAAACCCAGAGGCCCGUCACACCCACCCACCGCUGUAGAUGUUGAGGAUAACCAAGAAACUUACGAUGACAUUGGAAACUUCGAGACGAGCGACUCCUUCGAUGACAACAGCUCACAGCAUGUGGAGGGGAUGAGCGAUGGUAGCGACGUGUAUGAUUGUAUCGACGAAAAGCAAUUUGAGGAGGACCGAGAUUUUUCAUACAAGAAAACAAAGGAGGUGAAGAAACAAUGGCAGCAGGAUAAGAUUGGUCAGAAGGAACACCAGAAGAGGAUGAAUACAUUGCGAAAAAAAUUUCAGCUGCAGGGCGAGGUGGAGGUCCUCCAUGUGGCCAAGGUCCGACAUGACUGGCACGGAGGGAAACUGGACCUCAGUGUGCGACAAGGAGACAGUGUUGAGAUCCUCCGGGUGAAGAAUAACCCACAGGGGAGGUGGUUAGUCCGCACAUUCACCGGUGACUAUGGUUACAUCAGUAACACGUGUGUGGACAUUGAUUAUGAGGAGGUGAAGCGUAAAGUGCUCCAGGCCAGAGGGAUGGACUUGCCUUCGCUACCCCCUCCACCGCCAGACCCCCCCCGAACCGGCCUCUGUUAUAAUGUGAACUCCUGUAACCAGGUCAAUAGAGGGAUGCCUCAGGAGGAGGAUGACUAUGAUGAUGUUCAACCAAUACCUGAGGAUUUCCCCCCUCCACCUCCUGAGAUCAGCUUGGAUCGUAAGACGGAAAAGGAACUGAGAAAAAAGUUCAAGUUUGAUGGCCCUUUGAGGGUGCUUCACACCAUGAUGGUGGAUCCAAAUUGCAGCAUCAAGAGGCCAGGGGGGAAGCAUUUGGCUGUGGUACAGGGGGAGAUCCUGGAUGUCGUUCAUCUCGUCAGUGAAAAUAAAGCUCUAUGCCGCAACCAGUUUGGCAAAUAUGGCUAUGUGUCGCGAUCGCUUCUUCUUCAGAUGGAAGGGGAAAUCUAUGACGACAUUGAGCAUUCCAAUGAUAUCUAUGACAAUGACUCUAUCAACUGAACACACACGAGCCGUCCCAUGUCAAACUGACUGUUGCUCAAACUAUCGUCUUCGAUUGGACAAUAUGUGCACACACAUACUAUACUCAAACUAGUCAUGAGGAGAGAGAGCGAGAGAUUUGAAUUUAAAAGCAUAUUUAUGUAGUUUACAUUCCAGUCCAACAGCUGAUAUUCAAACUUGUUCGUCUUAUUGUAAUUCAGCUCAUAAAACAAAAAACAUUUUCAGAAAAUGUCUCAUUAAGUAGUUGCUCAACCAGUCUUCAGUUGGACAACAUGCACACACAUACCAUACUCAAACUAGUCAUGAGGAGAGAGAGACAGAGAAAGAGAGAUAGAUAGAUUUGAUUUUCAGAAGGACAUUUAGUUUACAUUCCAGUCCAACAGCUGAUAUUCAAACUUGUUUGUCUUAUUGUAAUUCAGCUCAUAAAACAAAAAACAUUUUCAGAAAUUGUCUCAUUAAGUAGUUGCUCAACCACCGUCUUCAGUUGGACAACAUGCACACACACCAUACUCAAACUAGUCAUGAGGAGAAAGAGAAAGAGAGAGAGAUAGAUUUGAUUUUCAGAAGCACAUUUAUUUAGUUUACAUUCCAGUCCAACAGCUGAUAUUCAAACUUAUUCGACUUAUUGUAAUUCAGCUCAUAAACCAAAAAACAUUUUCAGAAAAUGUCUCAUUAAGUAGUUGCUCAACCACCGUCGUCAGUUAGACAAUGUGCACACACAUACCAUACUCAAACUAGUCAUGAGGAGAGAGAGAGAGAGAGAGUGAAAGAGAGAUUUGAUUUUCAAAAGCACAUUUAUUUAGUUUACAUUUCAGUCCAAUAGCUGAUAUUCAAACUUAUUCAUCUUAUUGUAAUUCAGCUCAUAAAACAAAAAACAUUUUCAGAAAAUGUCUCAUUAAGUAGUUGCUCAACCACCGUCUUCAGUUGGACAACAUGCACGCACACACCAUACUCAAACUAGUCAUGAGGAGAAAGAGAGAGAGAGUGAAAGAGUGAAAGAGAGAUUUGAUUUUCAAAAGCACAUUUAUGUAGUUUACAUUCCAGUCCAACAGCUGAUAUUCAAACUUAUUCAUCUUAUUGUAAUUCAGCUCAUAAACCAAAAAAGUCUCAUCAAGUAGUUGCUACCAUACUCAAACUAGUCAUGAAGAGAGAGAGAGAGAGAGAGAGAGAGAGAGAGAGAGAGAGAGAGAGAGAGAGAGAGAGAUUUAAUUGGCUGAUAUGAGCCUUAUGAAAAUAAUAACCAAGUUACCAUUGCAUUGCUGUUUAACAAACUGCUUGUAGAUAAACUCG